GGGACUUUCAAGAAUGCACCCUCCUUUGGUUUUUUUACUUUUUAUUUAUAAAAAGAAGAAGAAUGAAGGGGAGAUUCUUGGGUUUGUUAAUAGCUUUGCAAGUUGUGAACUUUGUUGUUGCUGUAGUAUCAAGGAACCCUUUUCUUCCAAAUGAUCAUCAUGGCAUUUCACAUCCAGCACAUGAAAAUCCACUGAAGUCUUUAAAAGUAGAUACUACAGAAUCAGAAAAAGGUAUGUUGGGAAUAGAAGAGAGAAAGAAGCAAGUAAGAAAUGAAAGAGGAGGAGUGAGCAAAAUAGGAUCAAGUCCACCAAUAUGUGAGAACAAAUGCUAUGGUUGUGUUCCAUGUGAAGCAAUCCAAGUUCCAAACACAAGCAGCAACAAGAGAAGCCAUUUGGGGAUUCAGUAUACAAAUUAUGAGCCUGAGAGUUGGAAAUGCAAGUGUGGCCCUUCCUUCUACAGCCCUUGA